GAUCAGGUCUCAAAGGUAUUAGGUUGCAAAUCUCCAUUUGGAAAGCCUUUGGCUUUCGUUCCCAAGCUCUGUGGAAAUAAAGAUGUGUCAAUGGCUCUUUAGGGAAGCAGGUCCAGGCAAAAUGGAAGCUGUAGGGAGAGACAGCUUUGCUUAUAGGUCUGUUUGGCAUUUUCUUUUAUUUCGAAGAUGCUGAGCCUGUGCUGAACAUCACAAGAUAUUGUAUGGAUAUUUUGGAGGUAUCAUUUGAUGUCUUGUGUUCUGUUAUGAAGAAAGUUCUGCAAGUAAAGUUUUUGAAUGAUAUCUCAUGUGUCUCGGUAAUGCUACGUUUCAAAAGGAGUCGGACACUUCAAGCUGUGCAAUAUUAAUAUCUGCAAUAAUUGAGACUGGGAGUAGUUUGCCUAAGGCUACCCAGUGAGUUCAUAGCAGAGGUGAGGUUCAAAACAAAACAUCCUUACUCAAAACUCAAUCUCUUAACCAGCAUGCAACAGAUUUUAGUCAUAAAAUACUUUGAUCAUUAAAUGAUCAAAGUACUUUUAGUCCAAGCUACACAAGGAAUACAAAACAAAAAGAAAAAAAUAAUCAUAUAAAUGGGGAGGAGAGAUUGCAAACACACAAAAAUUGAACUAACCCCAUUUUGCAAGAGAAGUGUAUUUACUGGUGUCUGUUACAGCAGAAACCAUGUUAACUGUUAUGUACUGAGUAGAAUAGGAUCCAAAAUGCAGCAGUCUGAUUGGUCCUAGAACAAUAGGAUUCAGAAAGCAAUAGUCUGAUUGGUCCACAGGAGCCACCCAAUCCAGCUCCAGGUGGAAGUGAAUCCACAACCUGAUUGGCCUACAGGAGAAUCCCAGAAUUAGCCAAUCACGUGCGGCCCAUUGUGUAAAUAAUGUAUAUAAAGCAGACAUUCUGGGGGAACUCCCAUUCCUCCUCACCACUAUGAGCUGAAUAAAGAGCAUGAAAUCCACUCUCGACUCCGAGUAUAUUUCAUUAACCUUAAUAUUACAUGCCCUGUCCUCUUCCCCUUUCAUCAUAACACUUGGCUUUAGUCCUUUUUAUCUUUGAUUAUUAUUGUUAUUUUUACUUUUCAGGUAGAGGAUAAACUUAAUAUCACAAACAUGGAUUUUGCUCUGAUCAAGAUAUUCUUGAUAGUCAUAGGUUUCACUGUGGGGAUCUUAUUGACGGCUUUUCUCACAAUAUACUUCCAAUGGCCUUCACUAUUGAUCAAGAUAGCGAUACGGUUCAAACGCUGGCAGACCGGGGUGGAGGUAAAAUAUGCCACCUUCAAGGACUACCGGUUCUGUUACUUCUGCCGUGGAAAGCCUGGACCCCAACCAGCCAUGCUGAUGCUUCAUGGGUUCUCUGUCAGCAAAGACAUGUGGUUAGGCACAGUUGAACUCUUUCCCAAGGAUCUCCACUUCAUUUGCCUUGACAUGCCUGGCCAUGGCGAAAGCAUUCACUUGCAGGGAGAGGAGAGCUACACAGCAGCUGCUCAGGUGGAAAGGGUACACCAGUUUGUUGAGUGCACUGGUCUGAACCAAAAGCCUUUCCACCUGGUUGGCAUGUCCAUGGGUGGAAUGAUUGCAGGCACUUAUGCUGCUUGGUAUCCAUCUGAGGUCUGCUGCUUAUCCUUCAUGUGCCCAGCAGGUCUGCAGUAUGGCACAGAGAACGAGGUUGCCAAGCAAUUGUUGGAGCUGAGUAAGACUAAGAGCUUGUGUAAGAUACCUUGCCUUCCUUUGACUGUAAAGGAGGUAGAAGAAACCAUGGCACUCUCCCUAUACCACGUUCCCAAAAAUGUAAACAAACAGUUCAUGCAGGGAUUUCUGGACUAUCAGAUUCCACAUUACGCAAUAUUUAAAAAAUGUUUGCUGGACUGUAUCUCUGAGGAGUCCAGGUACACCCUUCUUGACAACAUGAGCAAGAUCAAGGCUCCCACACAGAUUAUUUGGGGAAUGGACGACAAGAUCACUGAUCCUUCUGGAGGAGAAAUUUUAGCUGCCAGCAUCCCCAACUCCCAACUGCAUAUGCUGGAGAAAUGUGGACACUUCAUGAUGAUGGACAGGCCCAAAGAAUCCGCCAAGCUCCUUGUGGAAUUCCACAAUUCAGUCUGUGGCAAGGUGGAGGCUAAGAAGUCAAUAUAACCCUCACUAAGGAGUCAAGCAGAUGGAGCAUUCGAAGCAACUUUCUUGCUCUUGAAAGAAAAGGGGCCUCAAAUGGACACUGUGGGUGUCU